AUGCGGAAAACAGGUGCUAGUGACCUAAGCUUUGAUCCCGAGAUCGAGAAAACUGCACGUGCUAAUAGGAAGAAAGCGAGAGAAGCGUUGUUGGCUUCUAGAGUGGAAGCAAGCUCAAGUGUUAGUGAAGAACUGAACUUUGCUGUCAUGGAUGAACAAGAGGUUCCGGUAGACAAUCCUCCUCCACCUCCUCCUCCUCCUAGAAGGACUUUGGGAGAUUACGGUAGGAGGGACGAUGAUGUGUUGGCAAAUCAGGGCUUUCAACCGGCCAAUCCGGUGUCAUUCGAUAUUAAGAAUACGGUUCUCUCCGCUCUAAAAGAGAAUCCGUGUUCGGGUUCCGAGUCUCAAUGCCCUAAUCUACACCUCUCCCAUUUCUAUGAGGCGUGUGAUUACAUGGAUCCGCCCGGCGUAAGCGAAUCCGAUAAGAGACUUCGGCUCUUCAAGCACUCGUUGACCGGUAGAGCCAAGGAUUGGCUAGACACCAUCCCAUCCGGAACAAUUGCAACAUGGAGGCAGCUAGAGAGAAAAUUUCUUGAUAGGUACUUUCCUAUCCACAAGUUCUUGGAGAGAAGAGCCGAGAUAAGUAACUUUGAACAGGGCGACAACGAGAUGCUUUAUGAUGCAUGGGAAAGAUUCAAGGUGUGCUUGAAACGGUGUCCGAAUCAUGGAUUCGAUAGUCACAAUCAAAUGCAGAUGUUUACGCAAGGGUUGAGGCCACAAACGCGAAUGAUCUUGGAUGCCUCAGCUGGUGGCUCUUUGAAGAACCGUGACGAAGGAGAGGUAAGGGAAUUGGUUGAAAGCAUGUCUCAAAAUGAAUACCGCGCUCAAAACGAUCGCGGAGCAAAGAAGAAGGGAGACAUACUUGAGUUAGACACACAAGCUGCCCUUUUGGCCCAACAAAAGUUGAUGACAAGCCAAAUGGAGGCCAUGAUGAAACUCAUUUCCAAUUCCAAAGUUCAGACCCCUCCGGUUGGAAAGAUUGAAAGCGAGCGUUGUGACUUUUGCCUCCAAGACCACCCUAAUGGUGGUUGUUUUCCGGAAGGCUCGGAGGAGGCGAGGUAUCUAGCGAACUUUAGAAAGAGUUACCCCAAUAACAACUCCGGUUGGGGCAAUCAAAGUCAAGGCCCAAGCCAAGCUCAACAAAAACCUCCGUCUCGCUUGGAAGAAACUCUUUCCAACUUUGCUCAAAUGACUCAAAGCAAUUUCGAGGCCAUGAAGGCAAGUCAAGAAAUUUCAAACAAGAAUCAUGAGGCCUCUAUCAAAAAUCUGGAAGUGCAAAUGGGGCAACUAUCUAGGCAAUUCUCUAACUUGCAAAACCAAGGAGGCUUUAGUGGUAAUACAAGAGAUAAUCCGAAGAAUGAAACUUGUAAUGGCAUAACUUUGCGGAGCCGUGUUUUGCCGGAUGUGUAG